AUGAGCAUGAAGCGUGGAAACAUUCAAACGAAGGAACUUGGAAUAGAAAUAGCAAUGCAAAGAAGCACCCCGACACCAAAAACGAGGCGCCCAAAUUCCCCAUACCCGCGUAGAAGUGCGUCAUCGGAAAGUGGUGAGAAAGAGUUCAAAGACAUUUAUGAAUCCGCAUUAGAACUGCACAAAGGCUUUCCUGAAGGCCUUUUUACUUAUUUGACACGAAACACGUUGGAUGACAAAACUAAAGGAGAGAAUUGCACUGCGAUAUUAGCGUAUUACGACCAAGAGUAUAAAGCGGGCCAAUUUAUAGUUUAUUGUAUUAAACGAGAACUAUUUUUACGACUAGAUACGAGUGAAAAGAAUCCAUACCCAUUCAUUCUAUCUUCCCUUUUAAAUUCGAUGUUGGGCCCUAUUGUUGAAGACAUCAUUAAACUCACGACGAAGUAUACAAAAACACUGAAAGGGACUGAUCUCAGUUUGAAAGACAGAGACCCGAAAUCCUCUGCAUGCGAAAAGAAGUCGAAACAAAUUAAAGAAUACCUCCAAGCGUUUUUUGAGAUCAUUACUGACUUGAAUAGAUUUCCGGUGUGCGUCAGAUACUAUUACGCGACUUUAAGCAAAGAAUUGAAAACGAUGCAACCGAUAAACUGGAUGAAGGGUAUGGUCCAAGCUGCUUUGUACGCCCCUUUUGAUUUGAUCUUCAAAACUUUGAUGAAAGUGAUGACACAAAAUUAUGAGCUGAACAUUCUUUUGGUGUUUUCUGACGCUUUUAGAGCACUCAGUAACUCCGUGAUGGGCGUGGAAAUCAGAGACGAGUUUUGGAAACACUUUUUGAAUGAAUAUAGCAGUGACCUCAUCACCUUAUUGAAAGACAAAAUAGGGCAGUAUGACCUCUUUCUAUGUGAAGAAGAGGAAGUCAGUUUCAAUCUAUCAAACUACAACGGAGUGCGACUAAACACGCUCUUGGAGAAAGAGUGGAAAAACAUGAAGGAAUACAUUCCAGAAAGCGCUUACAACUACUUCGUCAUCAACACCGACAAAACUCCUGAAAAUUAUUUAAUAGGAAAAAUCGUUCAAUUGAUGACAGACAUCCACUCCAUCAACGUCAAAUCACAAAUCGAAAAACAGAGUUUCUUGCUCAUCAUGGCUGAGAUGAAAGUAAAAAUAAAAGAUUUGAAUGAAGAAAAACGGUACUUGCGACAUCAAGUUAGAGACAGACUUGGCAUCGACUUCGAAGAUGACGAAACUGAAGAAGAAAAGACAGUCUCGUAG